GGCUUAUAGAUGUGCAUGGCUGGGAACAACCUUCCUAACCAACUCAUGCACUUGUAUAUACAGGCCUUUAGAAGAUAAAACAAAUUACGUUUUUGCAUUUUUAAGUGUUAAUAAUUGUUAUCGUGUGGGAGAGGUGCAGCACACGUGAACUUCUUUCCUUAAUUGUUCCUCAGCAGCCACAAGGGUUGUUGAUAUUAUUAGGUGUCUUCAGAUUUCCCACACAGGGAAAUUCCAUUUUAUUUAUGGCCGUGUAUAAAAGCAGUUGCAGAAAGUCUAGUAAUCAUACUCACUGAAGAUCGAUCAACUGCCUCUUCAAGAAGCUCCAAACUCUCCGACGCUAUAAGAAGACAUGAAGGCUCUCAUCAUUGUGACUGUGCUCGCCAUGGCAACCUCUGCCAUUGCAGUCCCCCUCUCCCGACAAGCCAAAGCUCAAGCUCUCCUCGCCGCCAUGCAAGACAAUGCUAAAAUGGAAGGAUGGUUGAGUGAUGUUGCAGGCGCUGUUGGGAAGCAUGCUCCAACUGUUCUCAAGUUUCUAGGUAGUGCGGGUUUGUGGGAUGAAGAACUUAACAGAGAGUCUGCUGCCGUGCAAGAAGAAGCUGAAAUGGAAGGAUUGCUGAGUGAUAUUGGAGGCGCUGUUGGGAAGUAUGGUCCAACUGUUCUCAAGUUUCUAGGUGGUGCGGGUUUGUGGGAUGAAGAACUCGACAGAGAGUCUGCUGCCGUGCAAGAAGAAGCUGAAAUGGAAGGAUUGUUGAGUGAUAUUGGAGGCGCUGUUGGGAAGUAUGGUCCAACUGUUCUCAAGUUUCUAGGUGGUGCGGGUUUGUGGGAUGAAGAACUCGAGAGAGAGUCUGCUGCCGUACAAGAAGAAGCUGAAAUGGAAGGAUUGUUGAGUGAUAUUGGAGGCACUGUUGGGAAGUAUGCUCCAAGCGUUCUCAAGUUUCUAGGUAGUGCUGGUUUGUGGGAUGAAGAACUUAACAGAGAGUCUGCUGCCGUGCAAGAAGAAGCUGAAAUGGAACAGAAUGCUAAACGAAAAUUGAUAGCCAUUCUUAAUAGUAGUAUAGCUGCUAAUUUAAAAGCGAAGAAAAUAUCCAAGCUAAGUAAUGAAAUUAACAAGCUUACUGCAGAAAAUAUCCUCAACGAUGCUGUUGGUGCUUUGGAAUAGCAAAGAGAACAUUAUUUAAUGACUGUGCAAUUAGUGCAUGCAUAAUAAAUAUGUAUAUCUAUUUAGUGACUUUAUAGUAUUAUAUGGUUGUGUAUGAUUUGCGUUAUUGUAAUUAUGAACAUGCGAUGUUUGACUGAAAUUGGAUUCAUUUCAUGGAACCUUGCAUAUUUGGUAUACCGUAUAGCGGGAAAUUGUCAUGGGUGCAAAUUUUUGAUUGAGAGCCCUCAAAAUAAAUUUAAUCAGUUGUAAUCACGCUUCAAUGCCUGGAUACUACACCCACCAGCAAUGUGCAAACGUAUAAAAUACCAUGCAGUGCAUGAGAGUUUCUUCCAGU